ACUCUUCUUAUAACUUGUCGGUAUUGAAUUUUCCAUAACAUCAACAUUUUUUUAUCUUUCAUUGCAAUUGAAAUGGCUUUACAACCAGAGGCUGAGCAUCCCAAAAAGGCUUUCGGAUGGGCAGCUAGAGAUUCAUCUGGUGUCCUCUCUCCUUUCAAGUUCUCCAGAAGGGAAACAGGGGAGAAAGAUGUGACAUUCAAAGUACUAUAUUGUGGUAUAUGUCAUUCGGAUCUGCACAUGCUGAAGAACGAAUGGGGAAGUUCUAUUUACCCUAUAGUUCCGGGGCAUGAAAUUGCUGGUGAAGUGACAGAGGUAGGAAGCAAGGUGAAAAAGUUCAAAGUUGGAGAUAAGGUAGGUGUGGGGUGCUUGGUUGGAUCAUGUGACUCAUGUCAAAGUUGUAGCGAUGAUCUUGAGAAUUACUGCUCAAAGAUGAUUCUUACAUAUAGUGCCAAGAAUGUUGAUGGAACAGUCACAUAUGGAGGCUACUCUGACACAAUGGUUGCAGAUGAACACUUUGUCAUCCUUAUUCCAGAUGGUUUACCACUUGAUGUUGCUGCUCCUCUCCUUUGUGCUGGAAUCACAGUGUAUAGCCCUUUGAAGUAUUUUGGACUUGACAAGCCUGGUUUAAAUUUGGGUGUGGUUGGUCUUGGUGGCUUAGGUCAUAUGGCUGUUAAGUUUGCCAAAGCUUUUGGUGCCAAUGUAACUGUCAUAAGUACUUCUCCUAACAAAAAGAAGGAAGCUAUUGAACACUUAGGAGCUGACUCUUUUGUGGUUAGUCGCGAACAAGACCAAAUGCAGGCUGUAAUGGGCAGCUUUGAUGGUAUCAUUGACACCGUUUCAGCAAUGCAUCCUCUGUUGCCUUUGAUUGGUCUAUUGAAGAAUCAUGGUAAACUUGUUAUGGUCGGUGCUCCAGAGAAGCCUUUGGAGCUUCCAGUAUUUCCUUUAAUUGGAGGGAGGAAGAUAAUUGGUGGUAGUUGCAUUGGAGGAUUAAAGGAGACACAAGAAAUGAUUGAUUUUGCUGCUAAACAUGAUGUGAAACCUGAUAUUGAGGUUGUUCCGGUAGAUUAUAUAAAUACUGCAAUGGAGCGUUUACUCAAAGGAGAUGUGAAAUAUCGAUUUGUUAUUGACAUUGGAAACACGCUGAAACCAAGCUCUUGAAAAUGAAAUUGGAUCCUUUAUAGUUGUUUCUGAUUCUAAGAAUAAUUUUUGUAGUUCAAUCUUCACUUAUUAAACACUUAAAGAAAUACUAUAUAUGUGUUGUUUCUUCA